AUGAAAGCGAGUGAGGCUCUAGCGAGGGCAAAGAGGCUCGAAGUGGAGCUGAAAUCAGCAUUGAAGGAGGCAGCGAGGGCGGUGGCGGGAUUGGAGGGUGUUGAGGAGACGGCGGGGGAGAUACUGCAGCAAGCAGCGCUGCUUCGCUGCUCCUUGGAGGCGGAUACGCCCUCUCAAGCCGAGGCUGGAGGCGGGGCUGUGUCCUACCGAGCCGCAUGCAACCAGUACCAGGAUGGCGCCAGGGCAGCACGCAAGCGAGCUCGCAUGGCGGAUGACUCCGCUGCUGCACAUCUUCAAAUGACUACCACGAGGGAGCACCUGGACACCCUGUCAGCCCAUGCAGAGGCCGUGAGAGGGAAGGCGCAGGAUGUAAGGAGGCAAGUGCGUGUGCUGUGGGAGAGACACGUGUUGGGGGUUGGGGCGCAGGAUGAGGAAGAGGAUAGAGAGGAGGAGGAGGUGGAGGAGGAGGAGGAGGAGGAGGAGGAGGGGGAGGAGGAGGAGGAGGAAGAGCGUGAGGAUGAGGAGAUACGGGUUGCAAUGGAAGAAGUUGGUGAUGGUGAUGACCUGGCACAGGUGAGCAUUACAGAAGCUUUGUUCCACAUUAGCGCUGCGAGUAGUGAUGGGAGCAUUGAUGAGAGUAGUGAUGAGAGUAGUGAUGAGAGUAGUGAUGAGAGGAGUGAUCCACUCACCUCUAAACCCUGUGCCGGGGCGCGCCUCACAGCAGCCAGACUCGCUCAGCGGGAGCGGGUGGGGGCUGGGGUCUUAGGCGGAGGUGCUGGUAGGUCCGUGAAUGGGAGGCGUGAGGGCAGGGAGGGAGGGGGGAGCAGGGCGCGGGCUGCAGGAGGGGAAGGGGGAGGAGGGGCGGGAAUGGCAGGUGGGAUGGACGGAAAUGGAAUUCAAGCACAGGCAGUGCAAGGGGGAGGUGGGGCGCAAGGGAGACAAGGGGCACACGGGGGGCAAGGGGCAGUGCCGACUGAGGGUGCGGGAGUGGGACCAACUCUGGUGCCUAAUGCGCUGGACGUUGCUCGAACCAUCCAGGCGAUACUAGAGCGAGCAGAGGAGGACCGGGCGUACCAGGAGGAGUCACAACAGCAGCAAGCAGAACAAGAGAUUGAGUCCUACGCAAGCACCUUCCACUGUCCACACAGGCGAGACACCGAGAGAGCCAAGAUGGAGGCGGUGAGGGAGUUUCUGUCAGCCCAAGAUCCAACCGCGCAGCACCUCACCAUCUCAGGCCCCGUUUUCAGCGGCAAGUUUAGCAGCAGUUUCCACCAUCUGCGUGUGCUCGCUCCCCACGUCUGCCCGCGCCUCUAUGCGUGCCUCUCCUCCAUCACCCUCUACCGCCUCUCCGUUGAAGACCUGUCCCCUUUGUGCGAGCUGCCGUCUCUCACCUCGCUCUGCUGCCUGGAAGCCACUGACACGUGUGACUCGUUUUAUCCUCUGCCGCCCCUCUCUCGGCUGCACCGGCUUGUCCUGGACUGCCCAGGCCCUAUCCACAUGGAUGUUCUCGGUCUCUACGUUCCUUUUGACCCAUAUGGCCCGAUCAAAGUGCCGUUUGCGAAGCUGAGGGAGCUACAUAUCAGCCGUGUGGACGACUCGGUGCUGGGCGAGGUGGGCGAGUUGAAGCGCCUGGAGGCCUUCUCCUGCACGUGCAGCGAGGGAGUGACGUUCCACGGCUUGAAGCACCUCAUACGCCUCUCCAGCCUCACAACGCUGCAGGUGGCGCCAGCCAACCUGGAAGACCAUCACCUGCAGCUGCAGUUUCGAAACGACUCCCUGCAUGUUGUAUCCAGAGUUGGCCUGCGCCCCACUUCAAAGUGCAAGCGCAGGUGUGACUGUGGCGUUGGGCUGAGAAACCCCAUGUACCCGUGCGUGGAUAGCAGUGUGUGGCAGGUGGUGGGUGCGAUGCAUGGCGUGCAGCAGCUUGGGGUGCAUGGGGUGGCACGCAGUGAUCACCAUCUGCUCGCCCUCACCGCACUCACACGCCUCACCACGCUCCACAUCACCGCCACUAUCCUCACAGAUAUCGGAUGCAUCAGUUGCUUUUCCCAGUUAAGGGAUCUGAGGCUGGCUGGGUGCACCGUGGAUGUGGCUUCACAUGUGAGGGAGUGGAGCCACAGCAUGCCGCACUUACAGUCCCUGGACCUAUCAGCUACGCGAGUCAGCUACAAGCUCUUCUCUCGGCUUUUUCUACUAAAGUGUUUGGAGCGCUUAAAGGUGCAGCAGUGCUGUGGGCUGCGUGCCACGUUCCUGCAGCAGGUCAGUCUAGUGCCGCAGCUGAAGGAGCUGGAUGUGGGCUUUAACAAUGUGCAGCCAGGAUGGUUGAGGCCAAUAGUGGAUGAGAGGCAGGUUACCCGGCUGUGUGUGCGCGAAUGCGGGUGGAGCAAUGAGCAGUUGUGCAUGGUUAAACGGUCGUGGAUUGAUGUGGAGAAAUGA